AUGAUGCCCCCUUCAUUUGGGAAGAAUUUAAAAAAGGUUUUCAUGAGAAGUAUUUUUCCCCAGGGUAUCCAAUUCCAGAAAUAUAGGAAGUUUGACCGACUGGAGCAGGGUGAUAUGACAGUUGCCCAGUAUGCAGCAAAGUUUGAAGAGAUGUCCCGAUAUGCUCUGACCUUGAUAUCAGAGGAUAGUGACCGAGCAAGAAAAUUUGAAAAUGGACUCAGGGGACGGAUUCAACAACAAGUUGCUGCUUUUGAACUGUCUACUUAUAAAGAUGUGGUUAACAAAGCCCUGGUGAUAGAAAAAGGGCUUGACAAUGCCCAAGUUGCCAGAGAAAAGAAUAUGAAGAAAAGGUUUCGACCCACUGAUUCUCCGAGCCAAAAUAGUAGACCUUCAAGUCGAAGGAUCAGAGACCGAAUCAAGUUGUCACCAGAGACAGAGGUCAAGCCCGAGGUGCCAUUAGAUGCUACAGAUGUGGAGGACCUCAUCUCAAGCGAGAUUGCACUUGGGUUGGAGGGACAUGUUUUUUCUUGGGGACAAGAAGGGCAUAAGGCUAUUGUUUGUCCUAAUGGGACCACAGAGGCGACAGGCACCACAGUCCUCUCAAAGAGUUCUGUAAACCGAGCACCUCAGGAAAGACAACAGCAAGAGAGAGGGCAGCAGAGGCCUAGGACCCAGGGGCGGGUCUAUGCACUCACAGAGCAGGAUGCCAAGGGCUUCUAA